AUGGAAACUCCAAAUAUACCUACAUUCACAAAUCGAAGAAGUACAAGAAGUAUACUGACAGAAAUUCCACCCAGGAUGGGCCUUAUGGUUGCACAUGGAAAUGAAAAUCCUCGAAAUCCGACUACAACUUUAGUUCCAGGAGUUCCAUUUAAUGUCAAUCGAUCUCCAAGCCUUACGACUUCUGCACAAUCACCAGAAGAAUUUGUUAUACAACAAAGAGGAAGAAGGCGUUUACCAGUGACAUGGAGUCCUGACAUAGAUGCGACUAAAAGAGAAGGACCUGGAAUCAAAGAUAGAACUCCUGUCAAAUCUGUUUUAAAAGAUAGCCCAAUGAAAAGUUCAGUAAUAUUAAGAUCGAGUCCGAGGAAAAGACUACUUUUAAAUGAUCCCAAAGAAUUAUGUUUAAGUAGUCCUGAAAAAUUAACUAAAAAGGUUUCACCGACAAAAAAACUAAGAUCAGACAAAUCAUCAAAUUCGCUUUUUUCUGGCAAUCAAAAUAAUAAUAAUAAUAAUAAUAAUAACAUGCCAGGACCAUCAUCGACAUUUCAAUCUGCAUUAAAAGGAUUAUCACAAGAACAAUUGAUAAAAAUAUUUGAAAAUGUUCUCAUGAAACAUCCUCACUUAGAAAGUGUAACACCAGACAUAAAACCAUUAGAAGAUAAAUUAAUAUAUCUUAAAAAAAAUAUAUUUAAAUCAUUACCAAAUUCAAGACUGACAUCUAAAACGGAUUCUCCAGCAUACAGUCGAGCAGCUACACAUGUGGUUGCAUUUAAAAAAUGUGUUCUCGAACAGGGUAAAACAUUACUCGAAAGUCAACAUUGGAAUUCCGUUUUGGAAUAUGUUUUAUUGGCAUGGGGAUACGUGAAAGCGACUCCCCUAUGGGAUAAUCCACCUCAUAAUGCUUCCAGAAAACAAUGUUUUAAAUCUUUGGCGGCCAUGGCAAUAAGUGCACUUAAAAAAGGAUCGUGGUGUAAUGAAGAAUUGGAGGAUAUAUACAUAAGGUUUAAAAAAUGUGAUUCGGAAAGCGACGACAUACAAGCAUGUCUCAAACAAAUAUCAUCCCUUCGAAAGAUUUGA